AAGAAAAAAAUGCACUAAGUCAUUUGAUUUUCUACAACAUAAAUAGUACUCUGGAUAUGAAUUAAGCUGGUUUGAUUGACAAUGGAGGCAGGAAAGAAAUCGAAAAUCAUUGGUGCUAUAGUAAUCAUUACCUUAUUAUGUAUAAUCAUCACUGUUCGUGUUCUGGAGGGACGACACAAAAGUAGGAGUUAUUUCAUUCUUCUUGGAGUCUGUAUUGUGAGCAUCGUAGGUACUUUGUUAUGGGUAUAUUUCCAACACGGUUCAGCACGUCGAAUGCUAGAACAUCGAUCCAUAUUGGACAAUAAUUCGCAUCAACUGGUUCGCGUUGAAUACAGCUUCCUUCGUAAGGUAGCUGGUGUUCCGUUGAAAUUUCAUUACAAAGAUCUCGAAGAAGCAACUGACAAUUUCGAAGCACUGAUCGGUCGAGGUGCGUCAGCUUCAGUCUUCAAAGGAUUGCUAGAAGACGGUACAGAGAUUGCAGUGAAAAGAAUCGAAAGAGGUUUUGAACAAGGAGAUAAAGAGUUUCUGUCAGAAGUUGCUGCGAUUGGCAGUGUUCAUCAUGUUAACCUCGUACGCCUUCUCGGGUAUUCCUCGGUUCCUGGUAGCGGUAGUCCUCGCCUUCUUGUCUAUGAGUACAUACAUAAUAAAGCAUUGAGUGACUGGAUUUUUCCGAAUCCGAGUAAAAGAAAUCCAAAGUUGUUGCCAUGGGAAGUCAGAUACAGAGUUGCCAUUGAUGUUGCUAAAGGUCUUGCUUACCUGCACCAUGAUUGCCGGUCACGGAUUGUGCACCUUGACGUGAAGCCUGAAAAUAUUUUACUGGAUUACAACUUUCGCGCACUUGUUGCAGAUUUCGGGCUAGCGAAACUGAUGGGCAAAGAUGAGAGCAGGAUUUAUACAACAUUAAGGGGGACUAGAGGAUACUUGGCUCCAGAAUGGCUUUUGCAAAAUGGGAUAUCUGAAAAAUCUGAUAUUUAUAGUUAUGGCAUGGUGCUGUUUGAGAUCAUUGGUGGCCGGAGAAAUGUGCAGUUACAAGGACAAGGUAAAAGUUCUCAAUGGUCAUAUUUUCCGAAAAUUGUUGUCGAAAAACUCAAACAAGGGAAACUAAUGGAGAUUGUUGAUCCACGAUUGUUAACUAGUGAGGAGGGAGGUUCUGUUGAUGAAAAUGAACUCAGGACUUUAGUUCAUGUAGCCUUAUGGUGUGUGCAAGAGGAGCAUCAACUUAGGCCGACUAUGGCGCGCGUAGUUGACAUGCUUGAGAGACGUAUAAAAGUCGAAACUCCUCCGGAUACAGAGAUGAUCAUUAUUGAUCUCUUGUGCAUUGAUCAAGAUGAAACCCCCACCGUGGUUGCACAUCAAAUGGAAACUGGGGUUCCUCCCCAAUCCGGCGCCUGCACAUUUGCUUUUACGUGUAUUUCAGGGAGGUAGCAGCAGCACCACCAAAUUGUUUGGUUCCCCUUUACCAUUCAACUUUGAACAUCGAAUCUUGCAUGUAACGGCGAAGCCAGGUACGGACAAAUGGUUUGUUCCCGAUCUAUAUUUUUACAGAAACAAUUCUUUGCUAGUCUUUUUAUUUAAAUAUAGUGAGAUUUUUUUUUGUUUGCCCCCUCUUAUUUUCAAUUGUGGCUUUGCCGCUCUGCCACUGCUUGUAUGAAAUUUCAAUUCAAUGUGUUGCUCAUGACCACACGUUAAUGCAAAAACUGUUGGCUUCAA